AUAAAUAUUGGCAGUACGUUCACGGUGGAGGUCGGAUCCAGCGGAGUUGCAAGGGGCGGAAUUGGCCCCGGCGAUGAGGUGAUGCUUGGUUACGGGGGCGCGGGGGCGAGCUCCGGGGUUCAACAGGCCAUGGGCCCCGGCGGUAGCAACGACUUGCUGGGUCCGGCUGGGGACUACAGUCCCCAGGGGACCCCAACGCCCCUGGGUCAUGGGUCGGGGGCCACCGUGAUAGACGCCCAAACAGCCGCGAACUACGCGACGACCGCCGGCGGACCAACGACCUACAGCCCUCAGGAUAGCCCGGCGAGUUCAGCCGGCGGCGGUGGAGGCGGCGGUGGAGGUGGUGGUGGAACCAAUGGACAGUUACCGAGCUUUGGCUUUACCCAGGAACAAGUAGCCUGCGUUUGUGAGGCGAUGGUGUCGUCUGUACAGGUUCUCCAGCAAGCCGGCUCCGUCGAACGUCUCGGAAGAUUUUUGUGGUCCCUACCGGCGUGCGCGAGAUUGCACAGGCACGAGAGCGUCCUGAAGGCGAAGGCGAUCGUCGCCUUCCACCGUGGCAACUUCAAGGAGUUGUACCGGAUACUGGAGAGCCACACUUUCAGCCCUCACAACCACCCGAAACUCCAGGCUCUAUGGCUGAAGGCCCACUAUAUAGAGGCGGAACGACUCCGGGGAAGACCUCUCGGUGCCGUCGGCAAAUACCGCGUUAGACGCAAGUUUCCUUUGCCAAGGACGAUAUGGGACGGCGAAGAGACUUCGUACUGUUUCAAAGAAAAAUCCCGUAGCGUCCUGAGGGAGUGGUACGCCGCGAAUCCUUACCCAUCGCCGAGGGAGAAACGCGAGCUUGCCGAAAGCACCGGACUGACGACGACCCAAGUCAGCAACUGGUUUAAAAACCGAAGACAAAGAGACCGAGCGGCGGAGCACAGCGGCCAAAGAGAAGACAAGGGUCACGGUGGAGGACUGGGAGACUCGAGCAGCGAAAGCGGCGACGAUACGAAGAGACAAUCCGUCGGUCAACAGCAACCUUCGGCUUGCGCUGUUCAGCAGCAACAACAGCAACAGCAACAACAGCAGCAGCAACAACAGCAGCAAAUGGUUGACCACCAGCAGUCCUCUGGUAUUUACCAGCUCCCACCACCACCAACGAGCGUAGUUUCUAGUCCGCACUCUUACCACCAAGCCCACUCCUCGACGUUGAGCCAUAGCCACACGACGACGCACCACAUGCAACACCACGACACGAGCAGCGAAAGCGGCGACGAUAAACGCAACAUUCACCAUCAGCUCCAGCACCAUUUACAAGGCGGACACUUACCCCAUGGCCUCGUUCACCCCACAGCCACCCUACCGCCACCACCUCCGAGCUGUGCUCAACAGAAGAGCCAACUCGACUACAUGCAGUACUACAGUCCGCAGGACUACCUGAUCGGGACGCCAACGUCAUCGGAUCUUCAAAAGUCACUGCCUCACACAGCAACCUCGAUGCAGAUGGGAGCGAUAGCCCCGUCGAUGGGGGCCCUGAGUCCAAUGGGCCCAACGACGAUGCUUCCGAACACGAUGCAGGGUGUGAACACGAUGAACACGAUGUCGAUGAACGGUAUGGGGAUGGGUGCGUACCAGGGAAUGGGCUCGAUGGGAAUGACCUCAACGCACACGGGUUACCACAGCGGAUUGGUACUGGGGGACUACCACUCGUUGUGACACUGGGUUCAGGGUAAUCAGAGUAAACGUGAUCAGGAAAAGACUUAAUGGUCGAUACACUAACGUACCAGGUUC